AUGUUGGGCUCAUCGGAAUGGAGAAGUGGAUGCGAGUCGGGAUGGACUCUGUACUUAGACCACUCUGUUUCUUCUUCUCCAAGUGUUUCUUGUUUCCGAGACAUCAAUGGGUUUGAAAACAGAAGAAGAAGCAAAGAUUCAUGGGACCAAAACUAUGUGCAUGGGGACGACGAAGAAGACGAAGAAGAAGACGAUUUGUCAAUGAUUUCGGAUGCAUCUUCUGGUCCAAGGAAUCUUUCUCAAGAAGAAUCUGUGAAGAAGAUAAACGGUGUUGGUCCCAAGAAACAGAGCAAGAGAGAAAAGAAAAGAAGAGAUUGCGAUAAAAUGAACUCUGUUCUUGAUGAUACGGCUAGUUCUCAUAUGUUGCAGAAAAGUGUUGGUGGUAAUAAGAUAGAGGAAACCUUUCAAGAAAGUACAUUGGAUUACUCGCAAGGCUUCUCGGCAACUCACUUUCAGGACAAAGCAGGAUUCCAAGAACGGUAUGGUUAUUUGCAGAUGGAAACCAGAUUCUAA